AUAGCUGGAGCAUUCUCAAUCCCAGUGUCGGAGGUGACGCAGCUGAGGCCCUGCUAAGUAGAAAUGAGAAUCCAGAGGCUCAUCGCCGGGCUGUCUCUCAGUCAGUAAGAACACCAAGGAGAGAGGGGAGAUGCAGGGAGUCAGGGCUGGGGGCGCUAGCGGGAAAGGGAGCGUUGAGCGCCCGCAGAGGCCGCUGCGAGCCCGGAACCCUCCUUGGGGAGUCCCGGCAGCGGCAGACGAUCCAGGCCGGAGCCAUGCGCAGACACAAGGCAUGCUGGGAACUGCGAGCCAGCCGCGGGUCUUCGGGCUUCGUGGGCCUGGGAGGCGCCGGGAAAAGCAGUCGCGACGGGGUUAGGGACGAGACACUGCAUUCACUGGAAGGGACAACCCGGCGCCAGUACAUAGCCUGAAACGCUCCCCAGAGAGUCCCACGCUUGCUGCGCCGUCCCCAACUGGAUCCAGCACUAGCCCGCGGUGUCUUGGCAAGCGCUAGGCUUGUCGGGAAGAGCGGAAGGGCGCAAGCGCGGCGCUGGCCGGAAGUGCCGAGCUGUCAGUGCAGGGCUCGCCGGGAAAUGUGGUUCCUCCAGGCGGCCCGGGGCGGUGGCCGCAAGUUCUGCGGACAGCGCGGCCGAUCAGGCGUGGACCCGGGAUGGCUGGACCGGGCAGCACAGGGGGCCAGAUUGGGCCCGGGGCCCUGGCAGGCGGCGCGCGGUCCAAGGUAGCCCCGAGCGUGGACUUCGAUCACAGCUGCUCGGACAGUGUCGAGUACCUGACGCUCAACUUCGGGCCCUUCGAAACAGUGCAUCGCUGGCGGCGCCUCCCGCCCUGCGACGAGUUCGUGGGUGCCCGGCGCAGCAAGCACACAGUGGUGGCCUAUAAAGAUGCCAUUUAUGUAUUUGGUGGAGACAAUGGGAAGACCAUGCUCAAUGACCUCCUGCGGUUCGAUGUGAAAGACUGCUCCUGGUGCAGGGCCUUUACCACUGGGACCCCGCCGGCCCCCCGUUACCACCACUCGGCCGUCGUCUAUGGGAGCAGCAUGUUUGUCUUUGGGGGUUACACUGGGGACAUUUAUUCCAAUUCUAACUUGAAGAAUAAAAAUGACCUCUUUGAAUACAAGUUUGCAACUGGCCAGUGGACGGAGUGGAAAAUUGAAGGACGGGUGGCCCAGAGUGGCGAGAUCCCCCCGUCUUGCUGCAACUUCCCCGUGGCCGUGUGCCGGGACAAGAUGUUUGUGUUCUCCGGGCAAAGCGGAGCCAAGAUAACCAACAACCUCUUCCAGUUUGAAUUCAAGGACAAGACGUGGACACGCAUCCCAACUGAACACCUGCUCCGGGGUUCCCCACCACCCCCGCAGCGGCGCUACGGGCAUACCAUGGUGGCCUUUGACCGCCACCUCUACGUGUUUGGGGGUGCGGCCGAUAACACGCUGCCCAAUGAGCUGCACUGCUAUGACGUGGACUUCCAGACCUGGGAGGUCGUCCAGCCCAGCUCCGACAGCGAGGUCGGUGGGGCUGAAGUGCCCGAGCGAGCCUGUGCUUCCGAGGAGGUGCCCACCCUGCCCUUUGAGGAGCGAGGCGGCUUCAAGAAGUCCCGAGAUGUGUUCGGCCUGGACUUUGGCACCACCUCAGCCAAGCAGCCCGCCCAGCCCGCCUCGGAGCUGCCCAGCGGGAGGCUCUUCCACGCAGCUGCUGUGAUCUCGGACGCCAUGUACAUCUUCGGGGGCACGGUGGACAACAACAUCCGCAGCGGGGAGAUGUACAGGUUCCAGUUCUCCUGUUAUCCUAAAUGCACGCUGCACGAGGACUACGGGCGGCUGUGGGAGAGCCGCCAGUUCUGCGACGUGGAGUUCGUGCUGGGUGAGAAGGAGGAGUGCGUGCAGGGCCAUGUAGCCAUUGUCACAGCGCGGAGCCGCUGGCUUCGCAGGAAGAUCACGCAGGCACGGGAGCGGCUGGCCCAGAAGCUGGAGCAGGAGGCCGCCUCAGUUCCCAGGGAGGCCCCCGGCGUGGCUGCUGGUGGGACCCGGCCGCCCCUGCUGCACGUGGCCAUCCGGGAGGCCGAGGCCCGGCCCUUCGAGGUGCUCAUGCAGUUCCUUUACACCGACAAGAUCAAAUACCCACGGAAAGGCCACGUGGAGGAUGUGCUGCUCAUCAUGGAUGUGUACAAAUUGGCACUGAGCUUCCAGUUGUGCCGCCUGGAGCAGCUGUGCCGCCAGUACAUCGAGGCCUCCGUGGACCUGCAGAACGUGCUGGUCGUGUGCGAGAGUGCCGCCCGGCUGCAGCUGAGCCAACUCAAGGAGCACUGCCUGAACUUCGUGGUGAAGGAGUCCCACUUCAACCAGGUGAUCAUGAUGAAGGAGUUCGAGCGCCUCUCCUCGCCGCUGAUCGUGGAGAUUGUGCGGCGGAAGCAGCAGCCACCCCCUCGCACUCCCUCGGACCAGCCAGUGGACAUUGGCACAUCUCUGAUCCAGGACAUGAAGGCAUACCUGGAGGGGGCGGGCGCAGAGUUCUGUGACAUCACGCUGUUGCUAGAUGGGCACCCACGGCCAGCCCACAAGGCUAUCCUGGCCGCCCGCUCCAGCUACUUUGAAGCCAUGUUCCGGUCCUUCAUGCCCGAGGACGGGCAGGUGAACAUCUCCAUCGGGGAGAUGGUACCCAGCAGGCAGGCCUUUGAGUCCAUGCUGCGCUACAUCUACUAUGGCGAGGUCAACAUGCCGCCCGAGGACUCGCUCUACUUGUUUGCGGCCCCCUACUACUACGGCUUCUACAACAACCGGCUGCAGGCGUACUGCAAGCAGAACCUGGAGAUGAACGUGACGGUGCAGAACGUACUGCAGAUCCUGGAGGCAGCCGACAAAACGCAGGCGCUGGACAUGAAGCGGCACUGCCUGCACAUCAUCGUGCACCAGUUCACCAAGGUCUCCAAGCUGCCCACGCUGCGGUCGCUGAGCCAACAGCUGCUGCUGGACAUCAUAGACUCCCUGGCCUCCCACAUCUCAGACAAGCAGUGUGCAGAGCUGGGCGCCGACAUCUGAGGCGCUGUGGCGCCUGCCCAUUGUGAAGAAUUGCCGUGCCUGCCUGCCCUGCCCACUGAGAAGACUACUGGCUAUGCGUCUGCCUAUGGCAGAGUGGGUGCACCUGCCAGGCCGAGGGUCGGGGUGCCCAGAGCCUCCAAAGAGAGCUGAGGGGAUGUGGGGCCCCAAUCUCCUCAAGUCACUGAAGACACAGGUCCCACAGAGAACAGAUUAAGAUAGCAGAUGAUGAAGCAGACCCCCUCCCCUGUCAUCACCCUCUCCUGAUGUGGUGUGGAUGUGAGGCCACGGCUCAGUAAUGGGCUCACCACCCGGAAGUGGGGAGAGACCUUGGGCCUCCCACCCAGUGGUGCUUGGCCUGGCUCCUAUGGCCUGGGUGUGUUGUAGACCCAGGCACUGGGGCCUGUCACCAAGGCUCCUCCAACAUGCGGGAGGAGGCUUAGCAGACUUGCGCUGCACCAUGGAAUCUGCCUGGGCUGCUCCUGUCCCGCCCACCCUCACUGAGAUCCAUGUAAGGGGCUCCUUUUCCCACCUGGAACUUGUGAGUGUGGACCCAUGAUGUGUGGGUCUCAUCUGACUUGAGGUGAAUUUUGGAGUAAGGGCCCUGAGGUCAGCUCCCAGGUCGGUCGUGCUGGGCCAGGCCUGGUUUUCACAGGUGCUGAAGGAUCCCAGUCCACCUGUGUGCAUGUCAGGGCUCAGCUGGGACGAAGCCAGCCAAGUCCCGCAUGUCCCUUGCUGAGUAUUCUGUCACAGACAAGCCUCCAUUAAAGCCACAGCAGUGCUACCUACCACACACACCUUGCUGGCCCAGCCACCACUGCUGGCCUCAGCCCCUCGGCCCUCCUGCAGCCGAGGACUGGCUCUGGAGCCCAUGGCUUAGCAGAUCCCCAGAUGUAGGUCAGUUGGUCUUACCUGUCUCUAUCCAUGCUGUCAACUGCCCCCACCUGGGGUCACCCAGUCACACUAGGGAGAAGGGCUAUGAAGGCAUCCAGGCUGGCCCCUCCCAGGGGAAUCCUGGAGGCCUGGGGUGGGCUCCUGCCCCUUCUGCCCUGCCUUGCCCCUGCACUGUGGUCUUGGCUCCUGUGGAAGGCAGGCUGCCCUCUCGCCCUAGUGAGGCCCCCAUGUGAAUCCACUCUGAUGCUGGGGAACCAGUGCUCCCUUAUUGGGAAGAGGAUUCCAGGACCCUUUUUUUGUCGUGGCUGUCAUGAAGCCACAACUCACCUUAGGGAAGUGACCUGCUCUCCUCUGGCUGUAUGCAGGUGGAAGGGGGCCUUGAGUGGCAAGUUGCUUAGCUAACAGGAACAGAUCCAUAGGCAGCCUGCAGGCUAGGAAGUGGCCUGGUGCAAGAUGAGCUGGGAACAAGGGAGGAGCGAUCGGGAGUUAGGGCAGAGGCUGAGCCAGGAGGCCCAUGCAGUGAUGACACAGCAGGCCCAGGACCAUGGCUAGGAGGUAUAUGUCAGCACCUGGAAGUGGAGUGCAGGCUGGGGCAGCCAGCCAUGUGGGCCAGGUGCAUUCACGCAGAGUGGGGCCACAGAGCCACCUACCCAGUUUCCACAUGUGGCUCCUGCCACACCCACAGGACAGCCUCCUCCAAAUUCCUCCUGGACAGGUCAGCCCAGAAGCCUCCUUGAACUAGUCUGCAAACCCUGCUCUAUGCUGAUCCUUGUCGCUAAACCCUCAACUGUCUCUUAUUGACUUAUGUGAAUAAAUGAAAUUAUAUGCCAAGGGCCCUAAAAAGCAAAUUUUA